AUGGGCUUCCGGUAUACCGUUGGGAUUGCCCUUUUCGCAGCAAUCGAGUCAUAUCUCUUCGGGUUUGACACUGGUAUUGCUACGACGACAAUUGCACACAAAAGCUGGAUCAGUUAUAUAAAACAUCCAUCCAAUGGAUUUACAGAGGCUGUUGUUGCUGUUUAUAUAGCAGGGGAGGCUGUUGGUGCCCUUACUCAGACCUUCAUUGGCGACAAACUUGGCCGUAUUCGGUUCAUGCAGUUCAUGUGUGUGGUGGUCACCGCUGGGACAGCCAUCCAAACAGCUUCUGUGAAUAUUGGAGUGUUCCUUGCCGGGCGUGCUUUUGCAGGCUAUGCUGUAGGUGGGCUAGUUGGCACUGUUCCCAUUUACCUCAGUGAAAUUUCUGCACCGAAUCAACGGGGGCUUAUUGGCGGUAUAUCUGGUUGUGGCAUUGCAUUAGGAACUAUGAUGUCUAACUGGGUGGGCUUUGCAUGUUCCUAUGCCCCUUAUGGUCCAGUACAAUGGCGUCUCCCUCUCAGCAUCCAGAUCCCCUGGGGAAUAAUCUUGUUCGUCGGCCUUGCUACCUUCAUGCCAAACUCCCCUCGUCAACUCCUUAGAAUUGGCAAGGUGGAUGAGGCGCGUGCUGCUUUCCUGAAGAUUCGCCGUGAUUACGACUUGCAUGAGUCUUUGGAGGAAUUUACGGUGAUGAAGGCACAGAUCGAGUACGAGAUGCGGAGAGAAGUUACUUCCAUCCAUGAAGUGUUCAAUCUGUUCAAAUAUCGAGCUCUUGUCUCCAUUGCCGUUCAGACUAUGACUAGCCUCACUGGCGUCAAUGUCAUCCAGUAUUAUCAGAGUGAGUAA